ACAUAUGUACAUAAUGUGAAUGUAUACCACAGCAAGUAUAUCUGGACGUACAAAUCAAUCUGUACAAGUAAUAUGCAGAACACAAAAUCAUACAGUGGAAAGUUUUGGUUCUUCAUUACCAGUCUUAGUUACGGAAGCAUUAACAUUUGUAGAUCGGAAUAUGGCUAUCAGUGUUAAUAUGUCUGUGGAUGGUUGGGCCUGGCUUGUCUAUGGCCGUAAAUUACUUGUAUGGCAAUGUAAAUCCAAUAUUCAUGAUCCUAAACGAAGGAGAACCUUUAAAACUCAGUGUCGGGAAUUGUUGCUACCUCAAAGUGAUCUGGCACAUAAAGCAGAUUGUAUAGCAGUAUGGACAAUGCCUGGUCAGCAAGUUCCUAGUUGCAUGGCAGUUUCACCAGAAGGUAUGGUACGUUUCUGGACGAGUGUGGCACACGAAGGAUCUUCCAUAGAAACUAGUGCUGAGCUUGCAGGACAGGAAGUAGAUUGUCUUAUACAUGUACCAGGUCAUGGAUGCAUUCUAGCCACAACUACAUGUACAGUAGCACUCCUACAGCCACAAUUCAACAAUGGGAAAAAUAAUAUUACUUGCCAAGUGCUUCGAACGAGUCAAGGGUGGCUUGGCGGAAUAGGUCGGAGAAUGACUUCUCUCAUUUUUGGGGCGAUACCACAAUCGCCUGUCACAGAAACAAAAUUAGUAAAAGUUACAUGCACAUUAUUAGACGAGAGAAACUCAAGAGUUCUCAUUCUUGCUGGAUCUUCGUUGCAAUAUUGGUUAUUUUCUCAUAACGAACAAGAAAAAAUGGAAUUUGAUCAAGAUAUCACUCACAUUGUUCAGCAAGCAUUUCAAAGAAAAAUUUGGGAAUCGAGUCCUCAAAAUAUGAACACAUGGUUUGUUGAUAUGCAAACAUGCGAGGAAGGAAUAGUUCUUUUGAUGGCGGCUCAUUGUGCCGAUAUAUCCAUACAAAUUCAUUUUGCAUUAGGAUUAUUACCCCUAAUCGAUACGACAUUGUCAAACUCAUUUAAAUGGUUCAUACCAAUAAAAAUCGAUCCGAUAUUUUAUCACAAUGAUAUAGAAUCGAGACUAAUUUCUUAUCAUUUCAUCUUGUGCGGUUGGGAGGCAAUUGUAUACAACCGGAAUAAUGUACUCGUAGUUAACACCGCGUCUGAAGUCGAACAAGACAAAAUUGAUCUGAUAAAAGGCGGAGAGGACGGUAUACUUGGUGGUGCUAUAUGCUCGGCAACCCCGGUAUUGUUUAUAAAAAGUGUCGGUCUUGUGUCCAUAACACCAACAGACUUUGCAGUUCAAGAUUUUAACACCAGUUACACUACUAUAAAUAUGGACUGUACAUAUAAAGUAAAUCAAACAGUCCAGAACUUUUCCACUCUUAUAAGUAACGACGAAUUGCAAGAUAUGUAUUGUAGUCCUGACGCGGCUAUGCAAUUACGUGCUGCUUUUCUUUUAACAUUGCGGCAGAACAAGACACAAUGCGAUGAGAUUCUCUGUCAGCUCUUUCCUCUGCAAGAGGAUCCAGUAAUGGACAUUGAUGCUAUCCUCGACACACUCGUUUUGAAGGUCGCAAAAGAUUUGAUCGAUGAUUAUCCGGCCAACGAUCCGAGAUGGGCUCAUCAUAGAGAUUUAUCAAUGACAAUGAAUGCAGUCACCUCAAUGCAAAUAUCGCAUCAAUUGGAGGGAAAACAGAAAGCUCUGGAUCUCUUUAUAGUAUUUUUGAAAGAGCAUAACUUAUGGAAUAGAUUCUGUGCUGUUACGUGCAGGGGAACUAUUAUGGCUACAUCUCACGUACUUAGCGAAUACGCAGAGAAAAUUGUUGCAGCAUUAACCUUGUAUAAUCUGCAAAACAGAUAUGCGGAGAUCAUAGACGCAGUCAUGGAUCAGACAUUGAAUCAAAAAGAAGUGCACGUUUCUGACGAACUUACAGCGCGCGAUAUAUUCUAUCGUGAAGUAAGCAUGAUACAUCUUUUCCUGCCAACUUUAGUAGAAAAAGCACAUGAAGUCACGCAAUCUGAAAGACCUUUGCAGCAAGUUGGACAAUACAUUGUCCAAGUCAAUGCUAUUUUAUUAGCCGUAUUGUAUGAGGUAGUGAAAUAUCGUCAAUACAAUGCCGAACGUUUUGUUCCUGUUAAGUUUUCCAAUGAAAUAACCGAAUACCUUCCUUGGACGGCUGCACCAGGUAAACACGGUUUGAGAAAUUGCCUCAAUACGAUGCAAAACAUUACUAUUAAGUAUGGUAUAACGGGAACUAGUGACUCUACUGUAAAAAACGAGCUGUACGAACAAUUGGUCAGUUUAAUUGAUUUGAUAUUAGAUGGAAGAAAAUGUCACUUGGAAAGCAUUCGUGGUACUGAGAAAUUCGAAGUUCUCUUGAAACAAUACGAGACGGAGCGUGCCAAUCUGAUACAACCGCUGAUAAAAGAGGAGCAAUAUGAUAACGCCGCUAUGCUUGCUGAGAAAUAUUGUGACUUUCCCUCACUAGUACAAAUUUGUGAAUUGACCAACAACAAGAAUCGGCUGGAUGGAUAUGUCGAGAAAUUUGCGGCACAGAAUUUCGCUAGCUUUUUAUUUUCUUGGUAUGUCAAAGAUGGACGUCAGGGGCAAUUGGUCGAAAGAUGUAGACGCGGCGGUACCGCGGAAUUAACAGAAAAAUUAUCGGAACAUCCGACUUUGUCCUGGGUACAAGCAGCGUUGACUGACGAAUUGCGGUUUGCCGCCAACACGCUUCAUACCUUAGCAAUUCAAGAAUCUGAGCUAGUCACUCGUAAAAAGACACAAUUGUCCUUAGCUAAAUUGGCUCUACUUGCAUCAGAUGAACCGGAGGAUAAAAUAACAGACUGCAUGAAAACAAUCGACAACGAAUUGACGCUCAUUGCUUAUCAAGAAGAUUUACCAACUCAAGUGCUUACAACGUAUGGCUAUGAUAUCAAGAAGCUACGAGUACUAACACCGAGAGAAUUAAUUAUGUUAUACACUUCGAGCGACAAUGUCAUAGCUAAUGAAUAUGAUUUCAAGAAAGCUCUCGAUUUACUCGAUUAUGUGGAACACGAAGAGGACAAAUCAUCUCUGAAAUUGCAAAUUUGGGCACGUGCAGCUCGACGAAAUCAGUGGAGCAAUGUGGAAAAAAAUCCUGAGCAGCAAAUUCAAGAGACAUUAUUUUUCAAGUUGAUGGAUCUAACAUAUUUUAUGGGUGGGAAAGUGAACGAAUUUUUACCACAUAUAGAUAUGCUUUUGAAAGAGCCAGAACUCGGAGAACUUGCUGUUUCAAGUAAUUUUCAAUUUCUUAUCAAAUUAAUAUACGAAUAUGCUUAUCGAAGUUAUUAAAUAUAUAAAAUAUUUGUUUAUUAAAUAUAUAAAAUAUUUGUAAAUAUGCCCGCAAUUAUAUAUUUAUAUGCGAUAAAAGAAAAAAAGAUUGUUAUGUACAUAUAUAGUGUCUUAUUUCAAACAGUCUAAACUGUAAUUCUUGUUUUCUACCAGUACAUAUUGUUUAAAUAUAUAUAUUUGUUAUCUCUCUUGCUGCAAAGAAAAUAAAGUUUUGCAUCCAGUAUAUGCUCAAUGAAUAAAGUGAUGUCAGCAAACGUUAGUAAAACGUCAUUUGACAUUUUGUUCAUUGAGCGAAUGCAAAAGAUACGCAAAUAA